AUGCGUGGAGACACGAUGAUGUAUAGCCCUUUGACGCCGAACAAGAAGCGGCGCUUUGACCAAGGGCCUCCGCCAACGAGUAACGGUCGUAGACCAGACGGAUCGCAUAACGGCCCGAUCCAGCAAUACGCUGUCUAUCGACGCGAGUCUUUGCCGCCCAUCCAUGUAACGCCACACAGUGCGACAAUGCCUCCUCCGCGAACCCCUCGCGAGAUGCGCCAUCAGUCAAUGGUUGAGCUCGGAUCUCUACAGUCCGAUGGCAGUCCCAAGAGCGUAGAGGAAGUUCUCAGUGCUUUCCCCUACCCCAACAAGAUCAAACUCCUCGGACGGAUAACGCCUCCCUAUCAAUAUAAAGAGCCCGGUUCCGCCAGCCCAUCCUACCGCGCCAACCGCGGAGCCAUCAUCGCCAUCGAAGGCGACGACCCCGCCGCCGUCAAAGAACUCACAGAAUGGCUCAACGAAUACCUCAUCAAGCAAAAGGAGUACAGUCCCCAAAUCGCCGAGCCACCGCAAGCCCCCAUCGACAACGCCGACAGAGAAGUCACAUUCGAAGACUACCUCGACCUAAUCAAAGAAUGGCACAGCAAGAGCAAGGAAAUGAUCAAAUACAUUACCACCACAUUCCCCUCCGCCGAUACACCCUCGCCCAACAGCGACACAAUCAUCGUCUCCACAAAAGACACCCGCAAAGACUCCGCCACACCCCCCGACUCCCCCUCCCACUCCCUUUCUUCCACCAAACCCGCCAUCAAACCCGUAAUCCUACUCCCAACCUUCCAACUCGCCGCCUCCAUCGCCUACGCCUCCCGCAUCCCCAUCCAAGAUGCCUACAGCCCGACCGACCACUGGCAGUGGAUGGCGACGCUGUGGCGCGGCACCGUAGGACCCGAUUUGACGCUGUAUGUGAAGAGCUUUGAUCCGAAGGAGGGCCAGGUGGGGCUGAAACCGGAGAUGGACGAAGGGGUUAGGUGUUUGAGUGUUUGGAAGGCGUGUGGACCUGGAGGUAGGUUUGCGGAUGCGGAUUUGAGGAGGGUGGGGUUUGAGGUUGGGGAGUGGGUUAAGGGUUAG